AUGGCUCUGGUUUGGGGGCUGACCAUCCCACUGCCACAAUAUGUCAGCCUUCUACUAUUAAUUGGUUUCCUUGUCUGGGGGCUUUGGGUGAGGUUUUCUGGGAAACAGAGUAGGGAGCAGGUGGCAGCCAAGACGCACUCAGAGACUUCAAAGCAGCAUAAAUUGGAAAAGAUCCAGAAAUUCACAGGUCAGAAAGAUCCUAUUCUUCAGUUCAAGGCUAAAGAUCCACAGUGGGAAGAAAAUCUCAGGAUGGGUUGCAUUGAAGCUAACCUGACACGCUUUUCAGGACUCCCUAUGGGGUGGUCCCAGGAAUAUGUAUGCUGGUCAAUGGACAGGAGACUUCAACAGAUCGUCCAACACCCGGAAAGUGCAAGAUCAAGUCUUAUGGAAUUGGGUUUGUCUGAAUCACAGGAUACGACUUCUUCUUCCACCUCCUCUGUUUUUGUGGCUCAGGGGCCUGUUCUACCCUGUUGUGACUGUAAGAAGGCAAAACAUUCUUCUGACAGUAGCAUCUCCUCUGGAUCAUCCUACGACUCCAGCCUGUCUCACCUUCCUGUCUUUUCUGAAGGAACAACUUGGCAACUCCGGAGCCACAGUUUACCUAUUUUACCCCAAAAUCAACCUCCUGUGUUCAGGAACCAAGGCACAUCCCUGACUUAUUUUAGGCUCUCAGAGCUUGGGAAAUCAAAACUUUUUCAGAAUUUGGAAGCUCUUUCAUCCUUAAGACCUCAAAGCACUUUUAUCAACUCUCUUUUUGAAUCCCCAAAUCUCCACAAACAAGAAGAGAAAACAAAGGAUGAGAGAAGGAGCAAUAGUCAUUUGACAUCAGAUCAUAGGCCAAAUGCUAUUUUCAAAGAGAGACCACUAUUGUCAGGGUCAGCUCCAAUCCAGCUCUCUCCUUUGGCUAGGCAGGAGUUAGAGGGACAUAUGGCUUGGAAGGUUUCUACUUUGCGGGAACAAACAGUGCCUCUGCCUGUGAGGGAAUCAUGGGCAAAGCUGAAUUAUUUAACUGAGGUACAAGGAAGAAUCCCUGAACCAGAGAAACCCCAAAUCCACUUAUCUAUGCCCAUUCAUCAAAGCACUGAGCAGAAUAUCAACAAUGAAUCCCCAGACCUUCCAUCAUUUCAGCUCCACGUGAACGUUGGAGUGGAAUCUGGAUUAAACAGAACAGAAACAAAAAUUUCACAGACUCUUAUCCCAGGUAAGCAGUCACAACCUGGGGAUGGCUCCCAAAUCCUUGGAUCCAGGCCCUUAAUGACAUCAAUGGGCACUCCACCUCCCAAAAGUUUAGGAGUUGACAUAGCUCAAGAGGAAACGACUUUACUGCAGAAGGACCCAGAACGUGUGUUAGAGCUUAGUGUAGAGCAGAGGGUCACAGAUCUUCCAGAAAAAAGGAUACAGCAGCAUAAGACCCAAGUGACUAAUGUGGAGCUGACCCCACAGCUACCAUAUCAAGUCAGAGAUCGCAUAAAGGUUACUCCACUGGCAUUACUUCAAGUCAUGGAUUCAAUGGGGAUGAUUCCAGAAUCACAUUCAGAAGUGAUAGAAUCUGUGGGUUUGUUACGACGGCCACCAAAUGAAGUCGUGAAACCAAUGGAAGCCACGGAAACAGUGAGUGUAAGCCAAAACCCAUCAUAUCAAGUCAUUAAAUCAGUGGAGGUAACCCCAAGAUCUCAGCAGCAAGUUAUGGAAUCAAGGAAGAUGACCUCAACACAGCGGAAUAAAGUCAGAGGCAAUGUGAAGGUAACUCCUAUAGCAUUGCUUCAAUUCACGGAUUCUAUGGGGAUGAUUAAAAAAUCACAUCCGCCUAUCAUACAGUCAAUGGGAAUGACCCCAAGGAUGAAAUAUCAAGUCAUGGAGUCAGUGAAAAGGACCACAUUGUUGGACCAUCAAGUCAUACCACCAGGAAAGAUGAGUCCAAGCCUACGACAUGCAGUCAUGGAAACUGUGGAAAUGACCCCAGGGCCACAGCAUAAAGUUAUGGAAUCAGUGGACAUAACAUCAAGGCCACAAAGUCAAGUCACAGAACCACUAAAGAUUACUCCAGGGCCAAUAUGUCAAAAUACAAAAUCACCUGAAAUGAUCGCCAGGCCAUUGCACCAAGUGAUGGAUUACCCGGAAGUAACUCCAGCGACACUAUUACAAGCUAUGGAUUUUAUGGGGAUAAUUCCACCAACACAGUCACAUGUUAUAAAAUCUGGGGGGUUGACUCCAGACACACAUUCACAGUUGCAAGGUAUGGAAUAUGUUCAUUUGGCCCUACCAUCAGAGUUUCCAGAUAUAAAAACCAUGGAGUUGACUCUAAGACCAGUACAAGAAGAUAUGAAAUCUGUGGAGUUUGCCCCAAAGCCAUGGUUACAAGAUAUAAGAUCUGAGGAGACAGCUCCAGUACCAUUGCUUGAAGAUGUGAAAACUCCUCAAAUGGUAGAAAGUAAGAGGUUGAUUCCUGAGACACAGGUAGAAGAUAUGAAAUAUGAGGAACUGAUUCCAAGAGGACACAUUCAAGCCGUAAAAUCUGUAGAGUUGAACCUCAAACCGAAUCAUCAAGUCACAGAACCUGAAGGAUUGACCCCAUGGCAUCAGGCUUCAGAAUCUUUAAGGAUGAUCUCAGAGCCAGGAUAUCCAGAAACAGAAGCAAAGUUUACCUCUGACACUUGUCAUCAUGCAAAAGAAUCUAGGGGGUUGAUACAAUCAUCUUUAGGAAAUACCCCAGGGCCACUGAGCCAAGCUUCAGAAUUUAUGCAGAUGAACUCAAUGUCAUUCCAAGGUACUCUUGAGCCAAUGUUCCAAAGUGUAAAAGCCAUGGGAGAUACUCCAGUGUCACAGCACACAAUACAAGAAUCUUUAGAGUUGGUACCAGGAUCAGAGAUGCAAGGUAAGAAAUCAAAGAUGUUGACCCCAGAGUCCCAAGGUAUGAAGUUUGUUCAUCUGAAUCUAGGACCAUUUUCAGAAGUUAUGAACUAUGAGGAGUUGAUCUUGGAACCACAAUUUCAAAAUGUGAAAUCUGUUCCAUUGACCUCAGAACCACGGUCCAAAAGUAUAAAACCUGAGGAGUUGACUCUAGGGCCAUUAAUGCAUGAUAAUAAUUUUGUGGAUUUACACGUGCCACUGGAAGAAUCUAGUAGGUUAAUUCUUGAGACACAGUUACAGCAUGUUGAAUCAAGGAAAGUAACCAUGGAACCACAUUUACAAGGAUUGAAAUCUGUGGGUCUAACUUCCAGACCAAGGCAUCAAGACACAGAGCCUGCAGAGUUAGCUGCUGAGAUCUGCCCACAAGAGGAAGAAUCUGUGAAACUGAUUCCACAGCUAGUCUUGAAAACUGCUGGGGUGAUGCCUAGGCCACAUUUUCAAAAAUUUUCAGAGAUGACUCCAGGUCAAGGCUAUCAAGAUACAGAAACUGUGAGGCUGACUUCUGAGGCUUUGCCCCAAGUAGCAUUAACACAAAAAACAUCAGGUCAAGUUAGAGAAUCUAAAGGAAUGACUUCUCUAAGGCCACAUCUUCAAGUUACAGAGUCAUCAGAGAUACUCCUAAGGUCAGAAUAUGAAAACACAGAAACUGUGGGGUUGGCAACAUUUCCAGUUGAAAACAUCCAGGAGGUAAUACCAGUACUACCAUAUUCAGAAAAAGGAUCUCUGGAGUUGACUUUAGGACGAGGGAUGCAAUAUGAGGUAUCAGAGCCACUACUGCAAAAUUUGAAAUAUGUGAAGUUAACCUCUGAGUCAUCCCUAUCAGUGGUAGGAUCUAAACAGUUUAUUACAGGACUAAAACCACAUGUUAUGGAGUUGACUCCAGAGCCACAGCUCCAGGGAGUAAAGUCUAGGCAGUUGGAGCCAGAGCCAAAAUUACAAGAUGUGAAAUAUGUUAAUUUAAUUCAACAGUCAACUACUACCAGAGUGGUAGAAUCAGAGAAGCCAAUACAAGAGCCAGUGCUACAAAGCAUGAUAUCAGAGGAAUUGACUAAGGAGGCACAGCUCCAAGGGCCACAGCUGCAUAGUGCAAGAUUUUCAGAGUUAUGUCCAGAGCUGCCACUUCAAGGAGAAAGACCUAUAGAUUUAAUCUCAGGGUCUCCACAUCAUGGUGUGAAAUCUGAUGAAUUGACCCCAGGUUCCCCAGUGCAAGAAAUAAAAUUGUCAGAUUUUAGCCCAGGACCAAAACAUCAAAGUGUUGUAUCUGUACAGUUGACUGCAGAAUCACAACCUCAAAGUAUGAAAUUUAUGGAACUAAACUCAGGACCAUGCUUGCAAGAUAUCAGCUUUUCUGAUUUGACCCCAGAACCAAAGCAUCAAGGUUUCAAACAUGUGCAGUUUAUACCAGGAACACAGCUUCAAGAUAUAAAGUCUGUAGGAUUUGUAACUGAGUCAUCUUUGCAGUUAAGUCAAGGGCUACCAGUUGAAAAUAUGAAAUCUGUUCUGCCUAUUGAAGGAUCACAGUUUCACAGCUUGAAAUUUGUCAAACUGACCUCAAAACUACAAUUUCAAGAUGUGAAAUCUGAGGAACUGAACCUAGAGCCAAGGCAGCGAGAUGUCAAAUUUUCUGAAUUGACUUCAGGGCCAAAGCUUCAAGGUGUCAAAUCUGGGGAGCAAACCCCAGGACCACUGUUUCAUAGUGUGACUUCUGUGGAGACGACUCUAGAGUUAGGACUUCAAGAUUCUAAAUCAGCAAAGAUGUCUCCAGGGCUUCAAGGUGUGAAACAGGUGGGGUCAUGGCUACAAGAUGUCAAAUUUUGUGAUCUGACAUCAGGAACUCAACCUCAAGGUGUGAAAUCUUCAGAGUUAAACUCAGGGCAACAACAACAAUAUGUGAAUUCUUUUGAGUUCACUCCAGAGCCAAAGAUGCAAGGAGUAAAAUCUAUGAACUUGACCACAGGACCUGAGCAGCAAGGGGUUAAGCCUGAGAUGUUAGUAGCAGAGCCACUGUUUCAAGGUGUAAAAUGUGUGGCAGUAGACCAAAUGUCAAGCUUUGAAGGUGACAUUUCAUAUAAAUUAGUCUCAGAGCCACAGAUACCAGAUGCAAAAUCUAUGGAGUUGACUCCUGGAUCGCAGUUGCCAAGUGUAAACUAUUCUGAGUUGACCAGAAGACCACGGUUACAAGUUGUGAAAUCUUCUGAAUUGAUCCAAAGACCACAGGUGCAAGAUGUAAAACCUGUAGAGUGGACCCCAAUCUCAAAGCUUCAAGGUUUACAAUCUGAGGCGCUAACAACAGAGCCACAGCUGGAAGAUACGAAAUCUGUGGAGUUAACACCAGGGCCACAUUUGGGAAGUAUGAAAUCUAUGCAGUUAACAUCAAAGCCACAACUGGGAAAUGUCAAAUCUACAGCGUUAACCCUUGGGCCACAGGUGGGAGAUGUGAAACCGGUAGAGGUGACUCCAGGCUCAAAACUUCAUGAUUUGAAAUCUGAAUUGUUGAUCUCAGAGUCAGAGUUGAAAGAUGUGAACUCUGUGGCCUUAACUCCAGGACAAUGUCCAAGAGGUAUGAAAUCUACGUUGCUAACCCCAAGUCCACAGCUGGAAGUUAAGAAAUCUGUGGAGAUAACCUCAGGGCCACAGAUAGAAGACGUCAAAUCUGUGAAAUUCACCUCAGAUUCCAAGCUUCAAGGUGUGGAAUCUGCUGAGUUGGCUCUGUGUUCAAGAAAUCAAGGAUUAAAAACUGUGACAAUACAACUGCAAGAUGUGAAAGCUGUGGAAUUGAAACUUGGACAAAGGAUGCAAGAUGAGAAUUCUGUGUUUUUUGCACCAAGGUCAUUGCUCCAAGGGCCUCAACUGCAAGGUAUGAAACCUCAGGAAUUGACUACUGAGCCACAAAUGCAAGAUGUGAAAAUUUUGGAGAUAACCCCAUGUUCAAAUCCUCAAAGUUUAAAACCUGUAGAGACAACUCCAGAUCCAGAGCUGCAAUUUGUAAAAUCUGUGAAGUUGACCCCAAGGCUAAAGAAGCAGGUAGUAAAAUCUGCGGAUGCAACCAGAAGACAAAAGUUUCAAGGAGUAAAAUCUGUGGAUUUAGCCCCGAGGCAACAGUUCCAAGAGAUGGCACUUGUGAAUUUAACUCCUGGGCCAAAACAGGUUGGUGAGAUAUCUGUAAUAACACCAGAGCAGCAAUGUGUGAAUUCAGAGCCACUGAAGAGAGGGUCUAAGUCAGAAGAUGGGAUGUCUUGGGUGUUAACUCCAGAGCUGAAAUUUAAAGACAGAAAAUUAGUAGAUCCCAACUUUGAGUUAGAGUUGAAAGGUAGGAAAUCAUUUGAAUUGACUCCAGAAUCAAAUAUUCAAGAUGUAAAAUCUAAAGAGUUCAAACUUGAACCACAGUUGCAAAGUAUAAAGUCUCCCAAGUUGACCCCACGACAACAGCUGCAACAAGUGAAAUCCUCAAAGUCAACUUCAGAGCCACAGCUUCAAGGUGUAAAAACUGUUGAGUUAAAACAAGAGCCACAGCCUGAAAGUAUGAGAUGUAUUCAGUGGAUACCAGGACCUGAGUUCCAAGGUGUGAAAUCUGUAGGGUUAAAUCUUGAGUCACAGUCUCAAGGUGUCAAAUCUGUAGAGUUGAAAUCUUCAAUACAGUUAAGAGACGUGAAGUCAUGUGAAUUGCCUCUGGGGCCAAAAAUUCAAGGUGCAACAUAUAUGAAGUUCAACCCUGGGCCACAGUUGCAGAGUGUGAAAACUCCUGAGUUAUCCCCAGGACCACAGCUGCAAGUAGGAAAAUUUUUGUCAUCAACCUCAGAGCCACAGCUUCAAGGUAUGAAAACUGUGGAGUUACACCAAAAGUCACAGCUUGAAAGUAUGAGAACUCUUCAGUGGAUGUCCGCAUCAGUGUUUCAAGGUGUGAAAUCUCUGCUAAAUCUUGGGUUGCAAUCUCAAUGUGUCAAACCAGCAGAGUUGAAACCUUUAAUACAGUUAAGAGAUAUAAAGUCAUCUGUAUUGACUCCAAGGCCAAAGCUCCAAGGUAUACAAUCUUUGGCAUCACUCCAAGAACCUCAGCCUCAAGGUCUCAAUUUGAAACCUUGUCUACAGUUUAGAAGUAAGAAAUCAUGUGACCUGACUUCCAAGUCAAAGCUCUGUGAUAUAAAACCCAUGAUGUUCAAAUCUAGGCUUCACUUGCAUGAUGGAAAAUCUCCUAAGUUGAUCCCUGGACCAUGGUUUCAAGAAGUGAAACCAUUACCGUCAUCCGCAGGAACACAGCUUCAAGGUGUGAAGUCUGUAUUGCUUACACAAGAGCCACAGUUUCCUGAGGUGAAAUCUGGGGUAUUAAGCCAGGAGUCACAAUUACAAAGUGAUAAAACUAUAGAGCUGAACUCCCCACUACACUUGAAAAGUAUGAAGUCAUCUGAGUUGACUCUUCAGACAGAGCUUCAAGGUGUGAAAUCUGAGGAUUUCAACAGUGGGCCACAAUGGCAAGGUCUAAAAUCUUCUAAGUCACCACUUGAGACAAAGUCCCAAGAUAAGAAAUUUACUGAGUUAAUCUCUGACUCACAGUUGCAAGGUACAACAUUUUCUAAAUUGACUUUGGGGACAAAGAUUCAAGGUGUCAAAUUUACAGAUUUCAACCCUGGGUCAUUGUUACAAGGUGUGAAAUCUUCUGGAUGGACCUCAAAGAUAAAGCUUCAAGAUGUAAAACAUAAAGGAUUCAGCCCCAGUCCUCAGUUGCAAGUUCUGAAAUCUUCUGAGCUGAUUCUGGGAUCAAAGCUUCAGAAUGUGAAAUUUGUGUUCAACUGUGAGCCACAAUUGCAAAGAGUGAAAUCUUCUAAAUUAAUCUCAGACUCAAAGUUUCAAGAUGUGGAAUCUGUGAAGUCCAAAUCUGGGCCACCAUUGCAAGGUGUGAAAUCAGAAUCUGAGUUGAUACUGGGGACAAAGCUUCAAAAAGUGAAAUCAGUGGAAUUCAAGUCGGGUCCACAGUUGGAAGAUAUGAAAUCUUCCAAAUUAAUCACAGGUAUAAAGCUUCAAGAUGUAAAAUCUAUGAAUGUCAGGUCUGGACCAAACAUGCAGGGUAUGAAAUUGUCUGAAGUUAUCCCAAGGGAAAAGCUUCAAGGUGUGAAGUCUGCAGAACUGAAACCUAGUCCAAAGUUACAAGGUGAGAAAUCUUCUGAUUUGACUCAGGGGAGGAAGUUUCCAGGUGUGAAAUCUGUAGAGUUGGACUCAGGCCCACACUUACAAGAUAUGAAACGUUCUGAGCUGAUCGUGGGUAUAAAGCUCCCAGAUGUAAAAUCUAAGCAGUUAAGUUCUAGACCACACUUUCAAGGUAUGAAAUCUUCUGAAGUGAUCCCAGGGACAAAGCUUCAGAAAGUGAAAUCAGUGUUCAACUCUAGACCACAGACACAAAGUACAAAAUUUUCUGAGUUGAUUCAAGGGACAAAGCUUCAAGAUGUGAAAUCCUUAGAGUUUAACUGUGGACUGAAGUUACAAGGUGGGAAAUCUGAUUUAACCCAGAGGAGGAAACUUCAAGGUGUGAAAUCAGUGGAGUUCAACCCUGGACCACAGAGACAGGGAGAGAAAUCUGAUUUGAUGCUAGGGUGGAGGCUUCAAGAUUUGAAAUCUGUUGUUCCAUGGCUGCAAGGUGUGACAUCUUCAGAGUUAACACCAGAGACAAAGCAACACAUUGUGCAGUCUGUGUUCACUUUGGGCCCUCAGUUAAAUGGUAUGAAACCUAUGUUAUUUUUACCAGAGCAACGGCUUAAAGAUAUAAAGUCUGUGAAGAUGAACAAAGAGCCAUUGCUUUGUGGUACAAAUUCUACGAAACUGAUUUCAGACUUUGAGCUGCAGAACUUGAAAUGGAACGUGUUUGCACCAGAGCCAUGUUUUCAAGAUGGGAAAUCUCUGGAGUUGAAACCGGAGCCACAACCUCAAGAUGUGAAUUCUAAGAAAUUGAUUUCUUGCCUCAGGCAGAAAUCUGUAGUGUCUGUAUCAGCGCCAUGUUCUCAAGAUGUGAAAUCUAUGAAGUCAAACCUAUUGCUACAACCUCAAAGUGUGAAUUCUUUAGGGUCAUCAUCAUGCCUCAGGUCACAAUGUGUUAAAUCUGAGGUCUUUGCACCACAGCCAUGUCUUCAAAAUGUGAAAUCUGUAGAGUUGACACCAGGGUCCCAACAACAAGGUAUGAAUUGCCAAGAGUUGACUUCAGGAUUGCAAGGUAUGAAAUCAGUGGUGUCAGUACCAGAGUCAACUAAGAAGUGCAUACCAGGACCAAUGUUGACUAGUGUCAAAUUUUCAAAUUUGUCUCCAGAAUCACAGCAACAAGGUGUGAAAUAUUUGGAGUCUACUCCAGAACCAAAGUUGCAAAGCAUACAACAUGUAAAAUCGUCUUCACUGUCUCUGCAACAAGCUAUAAAAUCUGUGGAGUUAGCACCAGAGUCACUGUUUCAGAGAGUGAAAUCUGAGGAUCUAACCCCAAGAACAAGCUCUCAAAUGACAGACACUUCUGAGAUAAUCCCUAGGCCAGGGCAUCAGUUUGUAGAACAUGCAGAGAUGAUUGCAAAGCCAAGGCAACAAGUCCCUAAAUCUGUGAGUUUGAUUUCAGUACCAACUUAUCAAGUCACAGAUUCUUCAAAAAUGGCACAAAGGUUGGCACAUCAAGGCAAAGAAACUGUACAGAAAUCUGUGAAUUUGACCCCAAAGCCAAAAGGUAAAGCCAUGAAAUCUUCAGGAAUGCCUCCGCAGCUAGAUCUUCAAGUACCACAGUUUGUUGAUCUGACUCCAGUGCUACGGAAUCAAGGUUCAAAAUCCUUAGAAUUAACCCCAAAGGAAAGCUACCAAAUCCCAGAAACUCUGGAGUUGCUCUCUCAGUCAGGGCCUCAAGUUAAGGACUUGGGGGAGUUACAUACAGGGCCACUGCAGCAAGUUGUGGAAUCUAAAGGGAUGACCCCUGAGCCUAAGCAUCACAUUACAGAAACUAUGGGGUUGACCUUCAAGACAAAGCUGCAUAGGGAGGAAUUUCUUGAAAUGACCCCCAAACCCAUAAGUAAAGCCACUGAUGCAGAGAGAUCUUCAAGGCGCUAUCCUCCAGCCCGAGAAUCUGUGGAUGUGAUCUCUGAGAAAAGACUGCAAAGGGAUGAAUCUAUAGCACUGAUUACAAAGUCAUUAUGUGAUGUCCCAGAAUCUUUGGAGAUGACAGAAGGGCUAAGAUAUCAAGUUCCUGGAUCUGUGGGUUUGACCUCUAAGCGAUUCCUAAGAGACGAAUCUUUAGAGUUGCCCCCAAAGCGAACAGGUCAAGUUGUGGGACAUGCAGAAUCUGUAGAGGUCACCACUGAGACAUGGCAGCAAGGGGAGGGAUCAAUGAGGCUAACACAGUCACAGAAUCAAUGUAUGAAAUAUUCAGAAACAGCCCCAGGACCACUGGGUCAAAUUACAGAAUUUACGAGGAUUAGUCCAAAGCCACUAGAUCAAGUCACAAAAUUUACAAAGACACAGCUUCAUGUUGCUCAAGCAAUAAGGGUAAACCCAGUAGCUCCCUCCAAAGUUGCUGAAUCUGUGAAAAUGACUCCUGGGCCACCACUUCAAGCUGUGAAGUCUGUGACAUUAACAUUGGGUCCCACCUCUCAAAUGGUAGACUAUGUUGAGUUGACUUCAAAACCACAAGAUAGGAGACCUUCAGAGUUUACCUCAGGGCUAAGGUUGCAAAAUGCAAAAUCUAAGAAAUUAAGCACAGAACCAAAGCACCAAACUUUGGAAAGAAUGGAUUUGACAGGGUUUCAAAUUGUAAAGACGGUGGGGCCACCCCUUCAAAUUGUAAAAUCUGAGGAAUUAGCACCAGGGCCAAUUCCUCAGAUUGUAGAACCAAUAAGAGUAGCCCUAGGAUUGGGGACUAAAGCAACAGAUUGUUUGGAUUUACUCCCAAGGCCACAUCUUCAAGAACCAGUAGAACCUGUAGAAUUAACUCCAAGGCCAAGUGCUGAAGUGAAGUCUGCAGAAGUAACCUCACAGCUAACAUCUGCACACAAGGAACCUACAGUGUUGACUCAUAAACAAGGGCUUCAGGCUGUGAAAUCUAUAGGGAUAAAAACAGGGCCUCCUCAAUUCAUGGAAUCUGAGGAUUUGAAUCUAGGACAGGUGUGUCAGAAUAAGGACUCUGAGGAGAGAUCAUCAGGAGAAGGGUUACAAAUGGGGAAUUAUUUCUCUAGCUUUCUACACAACUCUUCAGACUCACUCAUCUCAAGCUCUGUCAGAACAUCUGAAUUAGGUCUUUGGGAUUCUGAGAUGGCAGAAGUAUCAAGAGUGUUGGAUAUAAAAAACCUUGGGACAGAUAUUUUGCAUCCUGAGGAGUCUUUUAUAGAACUUGCUAUGAUACAAUCUCCAACCCUUCCCUUAUCCCUUCAUAACCAACCCUCUGAUGAGACAGCUAACACUGUAAAAAACCCAAAUUCUGAGAUCCCAGGAGUGGAUGUCAUAUCUAACGAAAGGAUUAAGAGGAAACAGGUGGAGGAGUCAGGGAGCUCACUCUGGAGCCUUUCCCACCAUCCACCACAAAACUGGAGAUCACUAUCUAGGAUCUUCCAGGCAGGAUCAGGGGCUCGAAGAGGCCUUACCUGUCCUGUCCUGGGCAGGCGACGGAACGUCUGGGAGAGUCGCUCCUGGAGGCAGCGACUACCUCGAAAAUACCUCUCCAGUAUGCUAACGCUGGGGAAUGUCUUGGGGACCAGCAUGGAGAGGAAGUUUUAUUCUCAAACAUCUUUAACAGAAAGAGCCACUACAGGUACCUGUCAAUCUAUUCAGAAUUUAUUUGGGGUUCCAGUUGAAUUGAUGGAAUUUUCCCAGAGUCUGCUUGAGAAGGGUCAAGGUACUAUUUCUCAGCCUUCAAUGGUCAAAAACUACAUUCAAAGACAUACUUCAUGCCAUGGUCAUGAGAAAAGAAUGGCCUUCAGGAUGUGGACACGUGGCUCCAUGUCCUCCAUAAUACAGCACUACUCCGGCACUAGAGUGAGAAUAAAGAAAACAAACUCAAAGCCCUGUGAUAUAUCCCAGGAAGUCAUUCAGCACAUGCCUGUUUCACGUACAGGGAGUCAGCUUCCUGCCCCAGCAAAGUCAGAGUCUUCCUUCAACGUAUUUUUUGCUAGGAGAGAUUCUGUUCCAGUGGAGGAGAGUGAGAACUCACAGAGUGAUUCACAGACAAGGAUUUUUGAGUCCCAACACUCCCUCAAGCCAAGUUAUCUUCCCCAGGCCAGGUCUGACUUCUCAGAACAGUUCCAGCUUCUACAAGAUCUGCAGCUAAAAAUAGCAGCAAAACUGUUAAGGAGUCACAUACCCCCCAACGUACCUCCACCUUUACCUUCAGGUCUGGUUCUAAAGUACCCUAUCUGCCUACAGUGUGGCCAAUGUUCAGGAUUUAAUUGCUGUCAUAAAUUACAGGCCACUUCUGGAACUUACCUUCUUAUCUAUCCACAGCUUCACCUUGUAAGCACUCCUGAAGGCCAUGGAGAGAUCAAGGUGCAUCUUGGCUUUAGGUUGCAAACUGGGAAAAGACCCCAAGUCCCAAAGUAUCAUAGAAGAGAUAGACCCAUCACACCAAGGAGACUUAGCUCAACAUCACUAAGGAAAGCUAAAGGCUAUACUCAAGCUUCCAAGAGUCCUACUUCUACAAUAGAUUUCCAGUCUGGGUCUUCCCAGUGUCCUGCUCCUAUACAAGUCCACAUCAGGCGAAGGCAAGGUGGCAGCCCUGGCCUAGUAGAAAAGACAGAAAUUAGAGAGCCUGGACACUAUGAAUUCACUGAAGUUCACUCUCUAUCAGAGAGUGACUCUGAAAGCAAUCACGAUGAAAAGUGGGCUAAAGUGAGAACAAAAAAGACCCAUGAUUCAAAACAUCCAAUGAAAAGAAUCCCCAGGGAAGUCAGAACACAAAACACAAAGUUCUACACAAAUAGUACAGCCAUAAUACAGAGGUCCUGUGAGGAAUUACCAAGCCAGUUAAGAAGGAAGAGGAGUGGAGUGUCCCAGACAACUACCGCCUCUUUAAAAAGACAACCUAAGAAAUCCUCCCAACCAAAAUUCAUUCAACUCCUUUUUCGGGGCCUAAAGCAGGCAUUCCAAACAGCACACAGAAUUAUGGCUUUGGUUGGGCAGAAGCCUGAGGACAGGACAAGGCCAGACCAUUUCUGGUCAAGCAAAAACUACCUUCCAAAACAAAAAGCCAGAGACUAUUGCUUAUCAAGAGAUAUCAAAAGACACAAGAUGCCAACUCUCAAGCUAAGGCCAACAGACCCAACCAUUAAGGAGGAGAGCACAUUGUGGGGAGAAACAGAUCAAUUCAGAUCAGCUCAACAACCAACAAGAAAUAGCUCUUUCCAACCCAGACCUAUACAACUGCCCAAGCCCAUAGUUUCGCAAAGAAGUACCACUCUCAAAAACACCUCAAGCAGCCAGGCUUUGGGUCCUGUUCAAAAUGAGAGUAAUAGCAGAGCUAAGAAAAACUUUAACAGAAAUGAAGUCUCUAGCCAGGAGUCCAAGAACUCCAAACCAGGAACCAGAGUUCAUGCUGGAGGGAGACUCUUACAUGGUUCCCCUAUGAAGAGAACCUCACACGGUCACCUUAAAGAAAAUUCCACACACAAGGAACGAAACCACCACAGCUUCUGUAGGGAAAAAACCCCGUGGAAUUUUUCUGGAAGGAGCCAAUAUAGUCCCUCUGACAGGAGCCACCACAGGGCCUCUGAGAAGGGCCACCGAAGUGCCUCUGAGAGGAGCCGUUGCAGUCCCUCUGAGAGGAGAUGUCACAGUCCCUCUGAGAGAAUCCGUCACGGUCCCUCUGAGAGGAGAGGACACAGCACUUCUGAGAGAAGACCGUACAGGCCCUCUGAAAGGGGCAGACACAGUCAUUCUGAAAGGAGUGGACACAGUCCCUCUGAGAGGAGCCACCGAAGUCCCCUCAAGGAGAGACUCAAGCACAGAUCACCUUGGGAGAGGCCCAGAUAUAGUUUGGGUAAAGAUUUCAGGAGUAACUCAAACAUGUCUCCUAGAGACCACACCAAAAAACCCCAAAAGAGGGCAAGUUUGGAGGCCUGA